AUGGGUUUGUUCUCGAUAUUCGGGCGUACAGCGCCAGCAACAGUGCCAACCGACCGGAUUGUUCCCUUGAGAUAUUGGGAUGACUUGCAUUACCUACGCAGUAUCUGCCAUGACUUUACCCUGCGAUUUGAUGAUGUCCUGGAUGUCUCAAAGCUUGAGGCAUCACUGACAAGGUUGAUGGGAAUUGGAGAUUGGGGCCAAUUAGGCGCUCGUCUGCGACUCAAUGCCAAAGGAAAGCUCGAAUAUCAUAUACCAGUAAGAUAUGAUGAGGAACGACCAGCAUUCGUUUUCACAACUUCAAAAUAUGACAUGAGCAUUCAGGACCACCCACUGGGCUCCCAGCUGCCGGGGGCCAACCAGGACCAGUCUUUCCUGUCGCCGUCUUCUGAAACAUUUGCUCCAUUGGUCCGUCAUCCAGGCAGCCCAAAAGAACUGGCCGACUGGAUCUAUACCGACCGCCCGCAGCUUCACAUCCACGUUACCCUUUUCCAGGAUACAACGCUCCUCACCCUGAGCUAUGUGCAUACAUUCAGUGAUGCCAUCUCAAGAACAAACUUCUUAAAUGCUUGGUUGGCUGUCCUCCGCGGUCGUGAGUGUGAUAUACCAGCUUUUUUGCCUUAUGAUUUUGACCCCCUACGCAAACUGGGCAGGGAAGCAUCUGGCAAGAAUUAUAGCAAUUUCCGACGCCUCUUGACCGGGUUCAGCUUGAUUAUCUUUGGCGUGCGACUCCUAUUCGAAAUGUACUGGUUCCGAAACGUCGAAGAACAUCCAAUCCGUUUGCCGAAACGAUGCGUUGGCCGCAUGAGAACAAAAGUGCUGGAGAAACUGGCAGCCGCAGAUCCCAAGGGAGUAGAAACGCCAUUCGUCAGCGAGGGCGAUGUGAUCAUCUCGUGGUGGGUUAAGACAUUGACUUCUGCACUGAAAGUCGCGCCCGAUCGGACGAUCAUGGUGAUGAAUGUCUUCAAUGUAUGGAGUCUUUUCCCGGAGUGCUUCCCCCAAGGGGCCGCAGGGUUCAUCAGCAAUGGCUUCUUCUAUUCCUACACCUUGCUUACUGCGAGCAAAGUUCGAAAAGAUACCGACUUGGAUUACGUGGCAUCAACCAAUCGCAAGGCCCUUUUGGAGCACAGAACCAGGGACCAAGUUCAGGCCAUGACUGCCCUUCAAAGAGCCGCUUUUAUGCAGGCAGCACCCCUCGUUGGAGAUUCGAAAUUGCUCUUCAUGGCCGCUACCAACAAGCACAAAGCUAGAUACUUUGAGCUAGACUUUUCGGCUGCUGUCGUUUCCCCUGGUGUGCCUUUGAAUAAGAGGCCCCAUGCCCUGGGUAGACCAUCAUACAUCAAUGAUAUUGAGUAUUGUCAGAGUUACCCAACUCGGAACAUUGUGAAGAUAAUUGGAAAAGACGCUGCAGGUGACUGGCAUCUUUUGUUCAAGACCCGAGCUGCGGCAUGGCCGGCAAUCCACACGCAGCUAAUGGAACUGAUCGAUAUGGAGACGUAA